AUGAAAGGUACAAAAAUAAUCCAAAUGUCAAUAUCAAACAUUAGAUUUUUAGAUUCGUUGAACUAUUUACCGAUGCCACUUGCUCAACUGCCAAAAGCUUUCGAUUUAUCAGUUAAUUUAAAGAAAGGAUAUUUUCCUCACUUAUUCAAUACAGAAAAAAACAAAGAAUACGUUGGACCAUUACCACCACAUGAAUACUACAAUCCAAACUUAAUGUCAAAACCAGAACGAUUAAUUUUCUUUAAAUGGUACGAUGAAAAUAAAAACACCGAAUUUAACAUGCGAAAGGAGAUUGUAGAAUACUGUAAAAACGACGUAAUUAUUUUAACGAAAGCUUGUUUAAAGUUUAGAAAUAUUAUACUAAAAGAUAACAAUGUAUGUCCGUUUACUGAGGCUACAACCAUUGCAUCAACUUGCAAUUUGAUUUUUCGACGGAACUUUCUCAAAGCUGAAACAAUAGGACUAAUACCAAAAAAUGGAUAUAGAUUUACAGAUAUCCAAUCAAAAAUAGCUUUACAAUGGUUAAUUUGGGAAGAAGACCAGCGAAAAAUUAAUAUCCAACAUGCCGGUAAACAAAAAGAAGCUAUCAUAAAUAAUUUAAAAGUAGAUGGAUUUUGUGAAGAGACCAAUCAAGUUUUUGAAUUUCAUGGAUGCUACUAUCAUGGACAUCCAAAAUGUUUUUCUUACAGGCGUGACGAACCAUUAGAAAAAAACGCAACAGACACGCUAAAUUCAAGAUAUGAAGCUACAAUUUCAAAGUCAGCCCGACUGCGUUUAUUUGGUUAUGAAGUCAUUGAAAAAUGGGAGUGCGAAUUUAGAGAACAAUUGAUUGAUAACCCAGAUAUGUUUUAUUUAAACGAUCAUCCUAUUUUAAUAAAUCUUCCACUUGAUCCUCGGGACUCUUUCUUUGGUGGACGAACUGAAAAUAUAGUUACUUACUACAAAGCUAUGGAAAAUGAAAAAAUUAAAUAUAUUGACGUUUGUUCUCUUUAUCCUUAUGUUUGUAAAUAUGGUAAAUUUCCCAUCGGACACCCAGAGAUUAUUGUUGGAAACGAUGAAUGCAUGAAACAAAAUUUGAAAACUACAGACGGAUUAAUAAAGUGCUCCAUUCUUCCUCCAACAGACUUAUUUAUCCCAGUACUUCCAAUAAAACAAAACAAUAAACUAAUCUUUACUCUUUGCUUUACAUGUAGUGAAGAAAAAAAUAUGGACGAUUGUACACAUGCUGACAACAAAAGGACAUUGAAUGGUACUUGGGUUAUAGAUGAAGUGGUGAAAGCUUUAACAAAGGGAUACAAAAUAAUAGAAAUUCACGAGAUUUGGAAAUAUUCAGUCCAGCAAUAUGAUAAAACUUCAUCUAAACCUGGGUUAUUUACUGAUAUAAUGGAUAAAUUUUUAAAAAUAAAACAAGAAUCAUCAGACUGGCCUAAAACGUGUGUUAAUAAAGAAUUGAAACAGCAAUACAUAGAAGACUUCUUCGAAAGGGAAAACAUAAAAUUAGACGAAAAUAAAAUAUGUGCAAAUCCUGGAAAAAGAUCAGUUGCAAAACUUAUAUUAAAUUCAUUUUGGGGUAAAUUUGGACAAAAAGAAAACCAAACACAGACAGAAAUAAUUAAGACUCCAGCUAAUUUUUAUACACUAAUGACUGAUCCAAACAAGGAAGUUCAUCAUAUAUUGAUUAUAAACGAUGAGACUUUGGUUGUUAAUUGGAAGUUUAAGCAUGAUGAAAUAAAACCAUUGAAAACUGUAAAUGUAUGCGUAGCAAGCUACACCACUGCACAAGCACGAUUGAAGCUCUAUAGUUAUUUAGAAAAGCUGGAAAACCGAGUGUUGUAUUACGAUACUGAUUCUAUUAUAUUUAUUUCAAAAGAAGGUGAAUACGAACCACCGUUAGGUAACUUCAUCGGGGACAUGACAGAUGAGCUCACGUCAUAUGGCGAUGGUAGUUUUAUAACUGAAUUUGCUUCUGGAGGACCAAAAAAUUACGGGUACGCAGUGUAUUCAACAAAAAGUCAAAGUCAGGUAGCAACAUAUCUUGUUUUAAAUAAUGAUAAGGAAGGUGUCAAAAUUAUAACUUCAAAUUUCGUAAGAAAUAAUCAACACAACGUUAUAACAGCUCCACAAAUAAAAACAUACAGGUAA